AUGGCGAGCAUGGAGCCUCGUCAGCUUGUCACGUUGUCUACAACUGGCGUCUGUCUGUCGAUGGCAUUCGCGCAAGUCUUGGCGUCUAAGGGAGAUGCUUCUGGGUUGAUAUUCGGGUCCGUCACGCGAGAGAAGAAGAGUCUCGUCACAGAUAUCGGCUCAAAGCUUGAGCUAGUGGCUUCCAUAGACAUGCAGGUUUUCGAUGUCUGCAACUUUUUCGAUGGCCAUGGGAAUGUGAACGGUCAUGCGAUCUCAAGAGCUUGUGAGAGACAGAAGCAACGGCUGAUAGGGUGGUUCUCCUUUCGAUCGAACGCCCCCCUUCGCCCUUCAUCGAGAGAGAUGUACGUGCAGAGACAAAUCGAAUCGUCUCCUGAAAUCAAAGUCCUGCUCCCAGAAGGGACUCAGCCUGUGUUUGGGUUGCUGUCCACGAGUUACACUAAGAACGCCUCGACUCACUCGCUGGAUUAUCGUUUUCUCUUCAAGGAGAAUUCUCGAUCAACCAUGAAGUCUUUGGAACUUGUGAUCAAGAACGUUCAGACAGACUCCCAGGAGGAGUAUGGUAGUUUCUCCGCCUGCAGCAAGAUGGACGUUCCAAGCCUUAGCUCACUUCAACAAUCUAUCCAACUGCCACCACCCACCGUGAAUCAGAUCGAGAAUUAUGCUGAAGCUGCGCAAGCGCAUAUAAACAGCCUGGUGGAGAAAUUGGACGGACUCAGGAACGAGGUGCUGAAUGAGAGCAGAGAAGUAGAGAGAUUGCAGGCUCAGUAUGCAGGGAUCGAAAGAUAA